UCUUGGCAAAUCACAGUUAUCCAGAUCUGCCUCAAAUUUGCGAUUUUCUUAUCUCAGCCUUCCAGAGUGUUGGGAUGACAGGCUUGGACCCCCACGCUGGCUCGAAGCCCUUUGGAACCUGUCCGCUUUGUACCUAACUCAAGACUCAGUGCUAUGUCUUCAGCCACAGCUUGAAUGCUUUAGUUGCUAGAUCGGACUGAGUCCCUCCUGGGCUUAGAUGUUUAUUCUAUGUGUCGCUUCUGUCUGGGGCUCUGUCCUUUGGCUGAAAGAGCCCUCAUGCUUAUUCCGAGGGGGACUUGGGCUUCUGCCAUACCGCACAGAUGGCUGUUGACUGUUCUGUCCACCAGGCCGCAAUCUGUGUGAGAGGAGUCUUGUCUGGGUCACACCUGUCCUUAGUGCCUCAUGCUGUCCCGCUGUUUACGUGGUACCAGGAGGUUCACAUGGCACUGCUGACCAUGAGAUCUGCGUGGCUGCUGAGAACUCCCUUCCUGUACAGCCUGCUCUGGGCCUUUGGCGCUUCAUGUGCCAGAGCCCAUGAGCCUGGGGCCAACGCCGUCCACCCUGGCAGCGCGGGCCUGGACAAGCACACGGUGCAUGACCCGGAGCAUAUCCUGGAGCAUCUGGAAGGUGUCAUUAACAAACCAGAGGCCACGAUGUCCCCACAAGAAUUGCAGCUCCAUUAUUUCAAAAUGCAUGACUACGAUGGCAAUAACCUGCUCGAUGGCCUGGAGCUCUCCACUGCCAUCACUCAUGUGCAUAAAGAGGAAGGAAGUGAGCAGGCGCCAUUCAUGAGCGAAGAGGAGCUGAUUAGCAUAAUUGAUGGUGUUUUGGGAGAUGAUGACAAGAACAAUGACGGAUACAUUGAUUAUGCCGAAUUUGCAAAGUCACUCCAGUAGAGCUGAUGUGG